AUGGCCCUAGUCGAGCCCACCUCGCAAUGGCACGAAAUCGAGUUGCCCGAUCUUACAAUCGACAAAAAGAAAGAUAAGGAGCUGACUAUUGACGAGAUUGCACAAAAGAAAAGUUAUGCCAAAAGCUUGUUGAAGCAAGAGAACGAAAAGGUUGACAUGACCAGUCGCCUGUCGACGAGCGAUCGCAACUUUGUGUCCAACAUUAUGACGUCCGGUACCCUCAGCGAUCGAGUGUCUGCCUUGACAUUGUUGAUCCAGGAAUCGCCCCUGCAUAGCUUAAAGACAUUGGAUACCUUGCUCACCAUGACGAAAAAGAAGGGCCGUCAAGAAGCUGUCAUGGCACUGGAAAGUUUAAAGGAUCUGUUUGGUGGCUCGGUGCUCCCGGAUCGCAAGUUGAUCUAUUUCGCAGAUCGACCUUUGGGCAAUGCCAGUGUUGAGGAUCGUCAUUUGCUGUUGUGGUACUUUGAGGAUCACUUGAAAAAGUUUUACUUUCAAGUAGUGCAACAAAUUGAGGCACUCUCCCAUGAUCCAUUGGUUCACGUGCGCGACAGUAUGGUACGAUGCAUCUACGAUCUUCUGUCCAACAAGGCCGAACAGGAACAAAACUUGCUAAAGCUACUCGUCAACAAACUGGGUGAUGCUGAAAAUCGAGUCGGAUCAAGAGCAUCGCAUAUGUUGGUAGACCUCCUCGUAUCACAUCCUGGCAUGAAAAUGAUUGUCGUACGAGAAAUUGAGCAGUUGCUGUUGCGUGCAGGCACGCCUGAACGAGCCCAGUACUACUCGCUUAUCACGCUUAAUCAGACCAUCCUGACGGCCAAGGAAAACGCAGUCGCAAACAAGCUCAUCGAAAUCUACUUUGUCUCUUUCCGACGCAUUUUGAAACUGUCUGAAAAUGAAGAGGAACAACAAAAGUUAAAGAAACAGGAGGUCGAGCCAGAGGCAGAUCAGAAGAAAAAAGGCGGUAAAAAGGGCAAGAAGGGCAAGAAGGGCAAAAAGGAGGACAACAACAAGAAGGGCGGUGAUACUGGAUUGGAUGUCGACGAUCUUCAGGUCAAGAUGGUGGGUGCUAUUCUAACCGGUGUAAAUCGUGCCUUCCAUUUUGCAAAGAUUGCCGAUGAAACCGUCGAGAAGCAUCUGGAAACUCUGUUCAAGAUCACGCAUGCAGGCAAAUUCUACACAGCCGUCCAGGCCUUGUCGUUGAUUUUCACAAUUUCGCUGGCCAAACAAACGGUUUCGGACCGAUUCUAUCGCACGCUGUACGAGUCCAUGUUGGACAACCGUUUACUGAUCACAUCCAAACAAACACAAUAUUUGAACUUGCUGUUCAAGGCGGUUCGAGCCGAUUCGGACAUGCGCCGCGUCAAGGCAUUUGUGAAGCGUAUGAUCCAGAUUGCAGGGCAUCAUCAGCCACCUUUUAUUUGUGGUCUAUUCUUCCUAUUGAAUCAGCUAUUAAGUUCAAAGCCCGCCCUGCGCACAAUGCUGACAACGCCCGAAGAAGACGACGAGGACGAGCAUUUCGUGGAUGCACCGGACGAGGAUGAAGAGGAAAAAGCAGAUGAAGAAGAGAAGGCUACAGAGGACAAGGAAACAAAGAGCACUUUAUAUGAUGGUCGGAAACGUGAUCCUCGAUUUAGCAAUGCAGAAGCAAGUUGUCUGUGGGAACUGAUACCGUUCCGAACGCAUUACCAUCCUACAGUGGCGUAUUAUGCCGAGCGGCUGUUUGCGGGUGAAAAGAUCGAAGGCGAGCCCGACAUGCACAACAACACACUGAUCCACUUUCUUGAUCGAUUUGUUUAUCGCAAUCCAAAGAAGAAGACGAGCACACGUGGCAAGUCCAUCAUGCAACCUCUGACCGGUCGUCAAGACGGCGGUAUACUGAUGACGCGCGGAAACGUGGACGAGCAGAAUGCUACUGCUGCUCCAGUAAACACGGUCGAGUUCUGGCGAAAGAAGGUCGAGCAGGUCCCUGUGGAUGAGAUCUUCUUCCACAAGUACUUUAAACAGAAGCGCGCAGGCGAGCCGGCUGAGGAGCCAAGCAACAGCAAGAAACGCAAGCUGGAGAAUGAUGACGAAGAAACAGGUGCUUUGUCUGAUAAUGACGGUGGUGCUGACGAAGACGAAGUAUGGCGGGCCAUGAUGUCGUCUAUCCCGGGAACGCUGGAUGAUGGCGAUGAUGUAGAUAUAGACGAGGAUGAGGACGACUUUGAUGACGAUGAAAUGCGAGCUUUGCUAGAGGAUGACGACGACGAGGACCUCGAGAAUGGCGACAGUGAUAUAGAUCAACUGGAAAUGGUGGAAGCACCUUCGUCGGAUUCCGAGUAG